AUGAGCGUGGAAACCGAAAAGUACUGCACAGUCCUCAUUCACUAUGAGAAGGGUGUGCCGCCGACUUCUGAAGAGCUUGCCAAAAAGUUGGAAAGCAAGAAGGAAAGCGUGCAAGCAGAGGCUCUUGAGGAGCUGAUCCUGCUCAUGAUAAAUGGCGAGUCAUACCCAAAGCUCUUGAUGACCAUCAUUCGUUUUGUGGUGACUAGCCGAGACCACCGAGUCAAGAAGCUCCUCCAGAUAUACUGGGAGAUUGUAGAGAAAACCAAGGACAACGGUGACUUAAAGGAGGAAAUGAUCUUGGUUUGUAACGCCUUGCGGAAUGACCUGAUGCAUGCCAAUGAGUAUGUCUGCGGCUCGACUCUGCGGUUACUGUGCAAAAUGAAGUACUACAGGAUCCUUGAGCCUCUAAAAGAGGCAAUGCUCAGAAACCUGGGCCACAGGCAUUCAUACGUUCGCCGAAAUGCGGUGAUGUGCGUUUUCUCCAUCGUGAAGAGCUUUGGUGUGGAAGUUCUGCCCGAGGCCCCAGAGGACAUCGAGCAGUUGCUGCUCGUCGAGGGCGAUCUGUCCACGAAGAGAAAUGCUUUCCUCAUGCUCGUGAAUUGCGAUCAGGAGAGAGCCAUCAAGUAUGUCUUGAGCUUGCAAGACCAGGUCAGUUCCAUGGGGGACAUUUUCCAGCUGGCCGUUUUGGAGCUGGUACGAAAGGUUUGCCGCUCGACAUCAGUCAACAAGGGCCGAUUCCUCCGAAUUGUUUUUGAUUUAGCUUCGUCAUCCUCCACAGCAGUGUCCUACGAGUGUGCAUCCUCGCUGGUUUCGCUGUCUUCGUCACCCGUAGCCAUACAUCAGGCGGCACAGGCCUAUGUGCAGCUGCUGACAGAGCAGUCGGACAACAACGUCAAGCUCAUCGUGCUUGAUCGGUUGCGAGAUGUGCAAAAGCACCACAAGCAGGUCAUGGAGGGCAUGGUGAUGGAUAUUUUCAGAGCUUUAAGCUGCCCAUCACUGGAUGUGCGGAAGAAGGUCAUGGACAUUUGCCUUGGUUCCUUGGUCACUCCACGGAACAUCAAGGAUGUGGUGGCCCUGCUCAAGAAAGAGGUGAUCAAGACAUUGGGGUAUGAGGCCUCAAAUACGGAAGGCAACCUGGAGUACCGGCGGCUGCUCAUCAGAGCACUGCACGCAUGCACAGGACAAUAUCCUGACCAAGCUCAGAGCGUCAUGUUCCUGCUCAUGGACUUCCUGACUGAGUCUGACCAAACGACGGCCACCGAAGUAGUCAUGUUCCUUCGUGAGUUGAUCGCGAACUAUACAGACAUGCGUUUGCCCAUUCUUCAGCGCCUUGCCGAGUGCAUCGGGGAUGUCUCGCAGUCGCGCGUCCUGCGCGGCUGCCUCUGGCUGUUCGGCGAGUACUGCGAGGAUGAAGCCCUCAUUGAAAAUGUCAUCCAGGGAGUGCUGUCGGCAGUGAGGCCGCUGCCCCUGGUCUUGGAAGAAGCAUCAAAGGACAAGAAGGACUCAGGUAACAGUGAGAAGAAACAGCAGGAGAAGAAGGCACCAAAGAUCACCACCAAAACUGUGGUGUUGGCAGAUGGUACAUAUGGCACUCAGAACGUCUACGAAGGAGGCGAAGGAGAGGAGGAGGAGGUUCCCGAAGAGAAGGCAAAGACUGAGUCAAAGAAGACGGCCUUGCGAACUUUGCUGCUUGGUGGCGAUUUUCUCCUCUCGGCCAUGGUCGGUGUGUCGAUGACAAAGCUGUGCAUGAAGCUGAAGAAGCUACCUACAGGGAUUCGGAACGAGGUCCUCCUGGUCAUCGCAAAUCUCUUCAAGCUUGUGAAGCAGCACGCUUGUGGUGGCGAGAAGUGCGACAGUGCUGUCCGACUCAGUCAAUGCAUCCGCGCGUUUGCAGUGCUCGGCAACUCGCAGCUGCCGGACACGCAGCGUGCAGCCGCGCAGCUGGUUCAAGGCGAUUGGACAUCCAACUACGGCCGUGACCAGUUGGCGAAGGUGCUGGAACUUGCCGCACAAAACUCGGAGUGGGCUCUCGGACAAGAGGAAGAGGUGCAGGAGAAGAGCGUUGGCCCGGACGAGUGCGUCAUGUUCCGACAGCUUCGUGAAAGAAAGGGUGGAAUCGGACCUACAGGUGCCAUGGACGACGAUGAGGACUUCAGUGCAGCUCGGGGGGCCUUCCUGGCGCAGGCAGCUGCAGACGGGGCGCUGUUUGCAGAGCGCCUGGCCAAGGUGCAGCAGAUGACCGGACUUGCCGACCCUGUUUACGUGGAGGCCUUCCUGCAGGUGCACUCCUUCGACCUCAUGCUGGAGCUUCUCGUGGUGAACAGAACGAGCGAGACUCUGCAAAACGUCCUGGUCGAGUUGAGCACACAGGGAGACUUGAAGAUUGUGGACAGACCGUCUGCAGUGACCCUUGCAGCAGGUCAGCAGAUGACGCUCCAUGCCUCGAUCAAGGUUGCGUCCACUGAGACCGGCAUCAUCUUUGGCUACGUCACUUUUGAGAAGAAGAGUGCAGCAGACAAGGAAUGCUCUGUACUGAACGAGCUGCACGUGGAUAUCCUAGAUUACAUCGAACGCUCUUGGAUAAACGAGCUGGCCUUCCGGACCAUGUGGUCGGAAUUCGAGUGGGAGAACAAAGUCAACAUCAACACCUCCAUAACCGAGGUUGGCACAUUCCUGGAGCACAUCAUGAGAAAUACCAACAUGUCGAUCGUUGGCAGAAGCUACAAGAAGAGUGACAAUAAGACCCAGAAGAAAGGCAAGCUUAGUGCCGACGAUGUGCAAGAGAUGUUGCGAGAUGCUGUGGGGAUCAAGAAGCUGAUUGACACCUCUAGCUUCGUCGCAGUGAAUCUCUAUGCCAAGUCCAUCUUUGGCGAGGAUGCGCUAGCAAACAUCUCCAUCGAGAAGCUGCCAGAUGGCAAGCUAACAGGCAGCUGCCGCAUUCGCUCCAGAACACAGGGCAUUGCUUUGUCCCUGGGCGACCGGAUCACCAUUGUCCAGAGGGGCGUCCAGGUUUUCAAGUCAUAG